AUGAAUCUUAAAAUACUUGUCUCCUGCCUCCUAGGCUCUGCGGCCUUGGCCGCAGCAUCCACUUCAGAGCUCCAAGUGGAAACAACCAGCGGCAUCGUCCACGGCUUCUACAACAACUCGGCCGAGACUGUCCGCACAUUCCUGGGUAUCCCUUAUGCCGAACCGCCAGUUAGCGAGCGCCGAUUCGCACCCGCCGUGCGCAAGUCUAGGUCGAUCUGGACCGUGCUGCCGUACAACCCGUGGAACACGGCAGACAUGUCCGAGGACUGUCUGUCCAUUAAUGUCUGGGCACCUGCGGCCAAGCAUAAGAAGGCCAAGGGGAAGAAGGCGGUGAUGAUGUAUAUCUACGGAGGGGGUUUACGCAGGGGCUACCGCGUGACGGUAUUCGGGUAUCCCAACUCUCCUGAUCUACCCCGGGGUGAGCAGAACGUCGGCCUUUUGGAUCAGAGACUGGCGGUCCAAUGGGUCCACGACAACAUCGAGAGAUUCGGCGGCGAUCCCUCUCGAAUCAUGCUGUUCGGGCAGUCGGCCGGUGCAGCUUCGGUGGACAUGUAUACCUACGCGUACCCCGACAAUCCCCUCGUCCACGGCGUCGCCAUCGAGGCCGGCGCAGCAGACAUAAUCACCAGCGCCGACUCCACCCACCAAAACUGGGAUAAGCUAUCAACCGCCCUUGGCUGCGGAUCAGGCAGGGGAACGCUGCGCUGCAUGCAGGAGAAACCAGUUAAGCAAAUCGUCGCCGAGCUAUCUUCAGCCUCAUACAAUUUUGCUCCGGUACAAGACAACGUCACUGUUUUUGCAGACUACCCUGCGCGAGCUAAACAGGGCAAAUGCGCGCGGGUGCCCGCUCUCAUCGGUAACAAUGAUCGCGAAGGCGCGGCCUUCUUCAAUCUUAGCUCUGCGUCGAUCAACGAGACGGUGAUCUUUGCGGCGACACAGACGACCUUUAACUGUCCCGUUCAGCACUCUGCUUUACUCAAAGUCGAACAAGGGAUUCCGACAUGGAGGUAUCUGUACCACGGGUAUUGGAGCAAUCUGAGUCCGGUGCCGUGGCUUGGGGCUUACCAUUCAAGCGAAGUACCUAUUGUGUUUGGAACGUAUAACAUGUCUCCGCUGAGUAUUCCGUCUACCCCGCAGGAGGUGAAAGCUAGCCGAUACAUCCAAGGUGCAUGGGUUGCCUUUGCCAAAGAUCCUCACAAUGGAUUGCGGAAGUAUGGAUGGCCGGACUACAAACCUCAUGGUGAGUUGAUCUCUGAUGAACUGGACAGACCGGACAGAUCUAACAGUAACAGGCAAUACCCUGAUCAACCUGGCACUGAACAACAGCGUGGCCCCGGUAUUUACGUCGCCCAAGGGAUGGGAUAG